AUGGAAAACACGGACCCGUUCAUGCUACCCCACAUUCAGAGCCGGGGAGGCCCGCAAAACGCGCUCUACAGGUUCCGCGGGGUGCGCCAGCGAACGUGGGGGCGGUGGGUGGCGGAGAUCCGCGACCCCGAGCGCAAGGUGCGCCAGUGGCUGGGCUCGUUCGCGACGGCGGAGGAGGCCGCGCGCGCGUACGACGAGGCGGCGCUGAAGCUGUACGGAUCCGACGCGCACCUCAACUUCCCCCCGCCGCGGGAAAACGAUCCCGCGGAGAUUGGCGCGCAGCGACGCGCGGCGAAACCGGAUCUGGACGUCGCUCGAGAGAACUUCGACCGGGAAAUGAUCAAGGCGCGUCUGAAUGGCUUGGCUGACGGUUUCGGAAGCGUCACGCCAGGCCUGAAUAGGCUCCGGAACCACGGGGCGUCACCUGAUGCUCUCAGCGACCCCAUGUCGGAGGGCACAUGGCGCCAGUUAUCACCGGGAGCGCAGGCAGCUCUAGCAAGCAUCGGCCCGGGCAGUCUAGUUGGCGUUGGCGCUGCUAGUGGUGGUGGCGUCGCCGGCCUCAGUGGUGGCGCUGGAGUUAUUUCUGGGGGCGGGGCAGUCAAUCGGCCAGUCCAAGGAGUGGCGGGUCACCUGGAUGGAGUCCAUGCUCUUCAAGUUGGAACGAUGAUGGCCAUGGCUACUCGCUCAGCCAGUGUGCCAAGCGGCAGCGCGACAAGCUUCACCGAGCCUGCGAGUCCCGGCAGAGUUGGUGUGGAGCUCCCAUUAGAGAAGGCCCACAGCCUCGACGCGCUCCCCUCGUUUCAAGCACAGUCGCCAAGCGCGGGAUUCCAACGGGCGAAUACCGAUCGCGGCGAGAGACCAGGGGAGGAGUCGCAGCAGGAAGAAGUGAAGUGGCAGCGGUACCAGCGGAAGAGGAGAGCAAUGGCGGAGGAGCAGAGGGAGAUGCGGGAGUUGGAGGAUCUGCUGGAGAAGUACAAGCGGCGGCAGCAGGUGCGGCAGCUGUUGUCAGAGGCUGAUAUCGUGCACCAACGGGAGAUGCUGCAGACGGGCCCACAGGAGGGGAUACCCUCUGUGCUGCAGCAGCCGCAGCAGAAGCAGCAGCAGCAGCAACUGCAGUUUCAGCCGCAGCUGCAGCAGGCUACUCAGCCUGGUCCUGGGGCCGCUAGGGAAGGCGCUACUAUCAUAAAUGCUGCAAACAUGAGCCGUUUUGGUAAAACUAAAAGUGCUGGUCUUCCAGGGAGCGCCGACGAGCUCCUAGCACAGGCUCUGGUGAGCAGCAAGGACAUCGCCAGGUUUAUCCUGGACCAGACGCUGUCAUCAGGAGGGGUAGCGACAGAUGCUGGCCCUUCCACUGCCCCGUACACAGUUCCCGGAACUGCAUCAAUGGCGCACACUGACCUAACCGGUGUGCCGAAUGGGUCGCCUCUCGUGUCACAGCAGUUGAGAGAUGUGAGCGGGCUGCUGCAAGUGACAGAUUGUCACCUGGCAUCGGCACUCGCCACUACGGGCAUAAAUAACAGAGGCCAUGACGCUGUGCAUGGUCAGGGGUUCGGGACGGGGGCUGGAGCACCCGGGGGGAAUGCAGCUACAGGCACAGUAGCACAUCAACCACAGGGUUCUCAAAUCCCAGGUUUCGCAACACUCGCCUCCAUGGCAAAGUACGGCGAGGGCGACAACCGUUGGAUCGUGCAGGAUCGAGCGGACGGCGCGAACGUGCACAACUGGCACUGGGCGGAGAAGGACUGCAUGGAAUGGUCGCGGCGGCGCUUGGGCGAGCUGAUUGGCGGGCUGACGGUUCUGGAAGGGGAAGGCGGAUGCUGGAUCCGCACGGGGGGUAUAGAGAAGGUGGACGGCGAGGCGUAUGUUAACAUUCGCAAAGGAAAGAUUAUUCCCGGCUACGAGCUUCACGUCCGCCUGGGCUGGGAGGGCGAGGUCAAGGACUCCGCCGACGCGCAGCCUGUCGCGUCCGUUAAGGGCUUCGUGGAGCUGCCUUAUAUCGCGGACGAGAACCACGAUGAGGAUCCCGAGGUGAAGAUCGCUCUGGCCACGGAAUCCGCGGACGGCAACGGUGGAGGGUCUGCAGCAGCCAAUCGGCUGCGAGAUGCGAUGCUGGCGAAGGGCAAGCCGCUUAUUUUGGAGAGAAUUCGUUCUUUUGUUAAAGACAUCCAGGCUGGUGGACCGGCCAGAGACGAGUUAGAAAAGGCUAAGGCAGUGAAACCAGCAGCAACAGCAGCAGCAGCAGCAGCAGCAUCAGCAGCAUCAGGAGCAGCAGCAGCACCAGCAGCCGCAGCAGCAGGGUCCGCAUCUGCUGCUGUUAAAACCACUGCGAGCACAGCCCCAGCCAGCAAGACCAAGAAAGAGAGCAGCAGCAGCAGCGGAACUGGAAAGAAGACGAUUGCCAUCACACAGAGGUUCCACUGCCGACCGUCAGAUCUGUACGAGACACUCAUGGAUGAGAAGCGGUGGAUGGCUUUCACUCAGUCCAAGGCAAAGCUGUCGCGGGAUGUUGGGGGUACCUUUUCCUUGUUUGAUGGGUCCGUGACAGGUGUCAACCAGCGAUUGGACGAGAACAAGCUGAUCAUGCAGAAGUGGCGGUUCAGCAGCUGGCCUGAUGGGGUUUACUCUACGGUGUGCAUAACCUUUGAGGAGCCUCAAGUUGGUGACACCAUUCUGCGGCUCACACAAACCAACGUGCCUGAGGAGGACAGGUUUGGGAAUGCCACGGUGUUUGAAACAACCGAACGUGGCUGGAGAGAUCUCAUUUUUGCUAGGAUUCGUGCAGUUUUUGGCAAUUGCACCAGGAACAGCGGGGGCAGUGAGAACAGCAGUAUUGCUGACAGCGACACGUGGGAAGCUCGGAUUCGCGCGCUUGAAGAACAGCUGGAGAAAGCGAACGUAGAGACAGCUUUCCUGAAAGCGCGGAACACGGAGCUGCAGGCUCGGUUGAUAGCCAAGGAUAAAGAACCGCGCCCGCAAGUGGUGAAGACCAGACUGCCUGCCUCAUCCCCAACAGCCAAUGCAGCAGGAGAAGCGGAGAUGAGAGGAGGGAUUGGCGGUGUUGGCGUGGAAGGGAGAGGCAGCAGAAGAAGUGGUGAGAGCAAGAGCGGGGGUUCUGUUGAGCAAAGCAGCAGCGGCUGCAAGAGCAGCAGCGGUGUGGAUGCAGGUGAAAACGACGCCAGUAGCGGCAGAAGCAGUGGUAUCAGCGGUGACGAGGAGAGUGGGAGAGAGGAUGCGGUGAAAGGCAGAGGAGAGCACAUGGGUACUGUUGAGGAUGGUGUUACCAGCAGCGAUUACAGCAGCAGUGGGAUGCCGUUGGAGUUGCAGCUGGCAGCAGCUCAUGCGAGGAUAGCGGUACUGGAGAGGCUACUCAAGGCCCGUGCAAUUCAGUCUCCUCUCCCCCGCCUCCCCUCCGCCUCCUCCCCUUGGAAGCCCAUCCCCCGCCCGCCCAUGCCAUUCCCCGCCUCCCAAGCCCCUCCCAAACCUGUUGUCGCACCGCAACAUCCACCCAAGCCUCCAACCCUUGCAAAGCAAGAGCCUAUCUUUGAAUCGACUCAAACACCGUUCACAGGGGUGCAGCACGAGGGGCGGGGAGACAAGGGCUUGUCCAUGGGCUCGCAUUCAGUUCUGGGAGGCAACGCCGGGAUGAACACUGGGAUGGGGAGGGUUGUUGCUGAGGAUAGUGGGGUGGAUGGGGGGUUGGGUACAGAGGCGGUGGCGGAGGUAGGGGUGGUGCUGGUGGUGCGGCCGUGGGACAGUGAGGGAGUGGCACGGCUGCAGCAGGAGCUGGUAGAGGCACGGGCAGUGCAGCAGGCGACAGCGGGGAAGCUUAAGGCCGCGGAGCAGCAGUUGGGAAGGCUUUCUGCCGUGCGAGAGGAGGGUUACCAUGCAUCGCACGCGGUUCCUGUGCGGCAUGUCUACACUCGCAGCUGGGUGUAA